AUGACGAAGAAACUCGAGUCUAAGCAACAGCAUGUAGACACUUUGAUGGCAACCGUAAGGGAGAAAGAGCGAAAUGAGACGACUCUAACACAACAAGUUGAGGAGCUAAAGAAAGGAAGAGAGGAAGACAGAGCAAAAUCUGAGAAAGAGAUGGGUGCAUUAGCAGCAGAUAUGACGAAGAAACUUGAGUCUAAGCAACAACGCGUAGACACUUUGAUGGAAACCGUAGGGGAGAAAGAGCGAAAUGAGAAGAUUCUGAGACAGCAUUUCGAAGAGCUAAAGAAAGGAAGAGAGGAAGACAGAGCAAAAUCUGAGAAAGAGAUGAGUGCAUCAGCAGCAGAUAUGACGAAGAAACUUGAUUCUAAGCAACAGCAUGUAGACACGUUGACAGAAAUCGUAGGGGAGAGAGACCGAAAUGAGACGACUCUAAUACAACAAGUUCAAGAGCUAAAGAAAGGAAGAGAGGAAGACCGUGCAAGAGCUGAAAAAGACAAGCGCUUAUUGGCAGCAGAAAGGAAGAAUAAACUCGAGUCUAAGCAACAAUGCGUAGACACUUUGAUGGAAACCGCAGGGGAAAAAACACAAAAUGAGACGACUCUAAGACAGCAAGUGAAAGAGCUAAAGAAGAAGCAUGAUUAUAAGGAACAACUUUUUGAGCAACUUGAGCGUGAGACCUGGAAGUUGAGAACCAAAAUUCAACUAGAAAGUGAGAUACGAUCAGCAGAGCAGAAGAAGAAAGCAGAGACACAUCAAUGGAGUUUCAUUCCUUGGGUGACCUCUGGGAAACAAGCUCAGGGUGGCACAUCUUCAUUUGAGGAUAAUUCAACCGGAGGACUGGGAAGGAGUGAUACAUUACAAGCAGGAGAGGAGCCCCCAGAUGAUGAGUUUGCAGGCAUAUUACAGCAGAUAGCUGACGAUCUUUACGAUGAAGCCAAGAUCGACAGCCUUGCUGGUCAGCUGGGAAUCCUACAUGGGGAUAUACAGAGAGCGCUCAUGACCAAUGUGAAGUUCAACCGUGUUACCAGUGAUGGAACUCGCCAUAUACUGAAACAAUGGAGAAGAGGUGUGUCCAGGGAAGAUGAACGGAUUGAGCUUACGAAGGCAGUGCACGCUGCCAAGUUGGUCAACCUUGCAGACCUGUACCUCAGCGAAGGUGUAGCAGAAGAACAGAUCGAUUUGGAAUGUGCCAACGAAGACGACAAUGAUCAGCAACUCUCUAAUACAGAUGACACCUCUCUAGAACAGGACCGGACCAAAAGACACAUUGACAUCCAGGUACUUCAGGAAACUACAGCAAACAAUAACCACACUCCUCGAGAUAGUCAUACAGGAAACAUGGCUGCCAAAGCACAGGAGAACGUGACAGAUGGUAGUAGGAGUCAACAUCUUGACCAAUCGCCGGAGUGCACUACAGAGGACUUGGAUGAAUCUGAAGUGACUUCUGACGAAGUGUCCUCGGAAGAAGUUCAUCCUGGAGAUGAUAUGAACAGCGUCUACUCCGGGGCCCUUCAUCAGGGUGACUGGUCUUUAGCGCCAAAUGAUUGUUGGUCCAUGAACACGGUGACGUGGUCGAGGAACGUCGGCAUGGUCGGCCUGAUGAAGCGUCUGUGGACGGAAGAUGUCGAAAGCGAAAAGAAGUAA